AUGUCACUACCACUUCAUAAACGAUAUGAAAUUGUCUUUUUACAUGAACAUCCCAAUGGACCAAAGCUGGGCUAUACAGCAAUAUCGAAGAUAGUAAAGUGUAGUAGAGAUACAGUAGGCCGAUGGAUUAAAAGAUGGAAGGAAACAAAAGAUUUAAGUGAUGAACCUAAAGCGGGCCGGCCUCGCUGUACGAAUGACAAAGAGGAUAAACAAAUUGUAAAGCUUGCAGAAAAGGUUGAAGCCCUUACAUGUUCCGAUAUUCAAUCUGCAAUAGAGAAGAAAGGUAUAAAUGUUAGUUCAUCAACGGUUAGACGCCGAAUAAUAGAGGCGGAGG